AUGCUGCAGUUGGGAUUGCUGCUGCUGAGCGCCGCAUCGGCAAUUGUUGUCGAGCGCAACAUGUUUGCCUACUACAAGGUGCCUGUGCGGCUGCUCGACCUGGCCAGGCCUCAUGCAAACGACUCUUCCACUGCCGGCCUCUACUAUGUGCUACAGUGUCCGCCCAAGCUGGACGACAUCAUACCCAAGCCCAGAGACAUGCAGACCUGCCAAGUGGUGAACCACUACAGAGAUAAGUCCCGAAACUCCAGAUACAAGUCCAAAAGACUUCGGCCUGCCCGCACUUACCUCAUACCACUGCCGCCGACAACCGUUAAACGUAUGCGCUGGGGCUGGCGUCAGCGUCGCAGCAAACGCCAUAACCAGGACACAGCACCAGCCCAGGAACAGGCCACCCCACUUUUAUACCUUGGCCAGCCGCAUAGCCGUCAAAAGCUGCUCAAACUGGCCGCGGAUCAUCGAAAAUUUAAGCGAGGCAACAGCUCCAAGGGCUACCAGCACAUGUACCAUCGCGAUGAGGUCUACAACGAUCAUAUCUUCUACGAUGAGCUCCAACUUGAUGGUCAGUACCACAAUCUGGGGAAAGCUAAAAUUGGAAACUAG